GCGUUGUUUCCACCGGGCCGAGGAAGACCCUCUUCGGCGGGUCUGCUGGAAGGAGCGGCGCGAGCUCCUCCUUACGCCGGGGCCACCGCCCUGCCAAAGAUGCCUGCGAAAAUUCCGCCGGCGUUGUUGUGCUGGGCGGAGGAGCCGCUGGGUUGCUGGCUGCCAUGACAGCAGGCCGGCGGGGGCGGCCGGUGACGGUUCUGGAGAAGAACCGGGAGCUCGGCAAGAAAAUCCGGAUCAGCGGAGGUGGCCGCUGCAACUUUACAAACAUCUCGGAUGCCCUCCGCCAUGCCUACCACUCCUCCACGCCGUCUUCCUCCAGCCGAGCGCCGGCAGAGGAUGCGGAGACCGGGACUCCUGGCAACUUCUUCCAAAAGGCUUUUCAGAAGUAUCCGCCGGAGAAGUUUAUCGCCCUCGUGGAGUCUCAUGGAAUCAAGUACCACGAGAAGAAGUUGGGCCAGCUGUUUUGCAAUCGGUCUGCGAACUCCAUCGUGGACAUGCUGCAGGAGGAAUGCCUGGCGGCGGGCGUGCGCCUUGUGACCGAGGCGGAGGUUACCUCCCUGCAAACUUCGUCGGGUGCGGAGCGCUUCCGCGUCCUCUACCGGACGCCCAGAGAAAAGGUGCCGAUUGAGGCGGAAGUGGCAGCCGAGGCAGUGAUCGUGGCGUCUGGUGGCCUGAGCUUUGCGCGGACGUGCGGUUCCACCGACCUGGCCCACGUGGUGGCCGAGGACAUGGGAUUGGAGGUUACUGGUGUUCGUCCGGGCCUGGUGCCGCUGGUCGUUGGCACGGAGUGGACAAGGAGCCUGACCGGCGUGUCCAUGGAGGUUCGCGCGUCAAUCGGCGACAUGUCUUUCGUUGAAAGAAUCCUCUUCACGCACCGGGGUGUCAGCGGGCCAGCAGUGUUGCAAGCCUCCUCCUUCUGGGGCGAAGGGGCUUUCGGUGAGGGCGAGCCCCUGGUUCUCGAUCUUCUUCCGGCGAUGGAGGAGGACGCGGCACUGAGUUGGCUCUCCCGGAAGGCCACAGGGGACUCUGCGCGCAGGAGGCGACAGGUGCCCGCAUGCGAGGAGCUCGCCAAGCGGCUUCCCCGGCGCUUUGCGGAGGGCUUCUGGAGCCACGAGGUGGGCCCACGGCUGAAGAUCAGACCGCAGGCCGCGCUGAAGGACCUCCGCCCCGAGCAGCUGCGCAGUUUGGUGCAGCUGCUAAAGCAUUGGGAGGUGCCAGUCGCGGGAACUGAAGGCUACCUGAAGGCAGAGGUGACCUGUGGAGGCGUCUCCACGGACGAGCUCUCGGACGAGACCAUGGAGUGCAAGAAGCACCCGGGCCUCUACUUUAUUGGUGAGGCAGUCGACGUCACCGGCUGGCUCGGGG